AUGUCUAAGUCCUUUAAAAGAAAAUAUAAAAAGCUCUGCGAACGGUUUGAUGCAUUGAUUGAAGAAUCAGAGCAGCUUCAAGAACAGAUACAAAAGGCAAAAGCUAUUUCCAACCGUAUUUCUGCAGAAAAUACAUAUCUUCUGGAUCUUAUUUUAUAUCAGAAAAAUAACUCUAUAAGUCCUUCGUUAUCGGCUGAUUCAGAAUCCGGAGCAGAAUUUGAUGAAAAUAAUUUUAAAAAUCAAAAUGAUGCUAGCAGUGAUAUAAGCAGUUACUAUCGGGAUAAAACUCCUCCUCAUUUGCUUUCUUUAAGUCCCCAUUGGGACUAUUCGCCUCCCCCUAGCCCAGGAAAAGAAAACGAAGAUGAUGAAUAUGAAAACCAAUCUAUUUUAUUAACAAAUUCGCUGCUUUUAUACGAAAAAAAUAAAGAAGCAUCUGAAACAAUGUUGAAUUAG